AUGAGGCAAUUUAGCUUUGAUAGACUCACUGUUCACUAUACUUAGAGAAAGGCAAUGAAACUAUGGAUUGAUGAACUUAGGUAAAGACAAGCGCAUUAAGAUAAACCUUUCUCAUAGAAAUGCAUGGAGUUCUUUACCAAGAAGAAGCGUAGAUUCUUUUAUAUGUUGAUGCUCUAUGGAUUGUAUCACUACUACAGAAGAAUCACAAACUUCUUCAGAACAAGAAAAUAGAGGACCAUCAAUAAAUACAAGAAGCGAUUCAUAACUAGAUAUAACCCGAAAUCUAUAACCUUUACAUUGCCAGAAUCUUUCUAAUACAAGCCAGAGAAGCUUACUUAGGAAUCAGUUAAUAAACUAGGCGCUUGCUUUCUUGAUGGAGAGAGAAGAUUGAAGAAUGGUUUCUCAAGACAACUCAUAAUCAAUAUUUUGACAGCACUUGGCAAAAUGGACGAAAACUAGCAGAAAGAAUUCCUAUCAGCAUCAGGAUACAGAACUAUGAGAAAAAGGAUUCUUUGUUCAUGCAAUAUGAAGGAGUUUCUAGAGCUAAUUGAAAGUAAAAUUGUUGUCGAUGAAAAUGGAAUUUCAAAUGAGGCUUAACUAAUUGAUGGCUUCAUUCAUGAAUAUAAUGAAGAGAUUGACGAUUUUGAGGACAGAGUUGAGAAGCUAAUCAAGGAGAUUGAGCUUAAGAAUCUAGGAUCACAUGAUGAAGAGUUGAACAAGGAGGAAAAGAAAAAGAGGGAAGAAGAGAAAAAGCUAGAAAAAGAAGCAGCAAGUAAUAAAACUGUAGAAGAUCAAAAUAAUGCUUAAAAUGCAAAGUAGUGA